AUGAAACCACCCGAUCCUCGGAUACUUUUUAGUUGUGCUCUCGUCAUCUUCCCCCUACUCGGCUGUGCGACUUCAGCUCAGCAGCUCCCAUCGGAAGCAGCACCACAGCUACCGCCUCCGCCGUUGCUCAACGUGAAUGUCCCUGCGAAGAGCUUCACUCGAUUGAAUGUUGAAGUAUCUGAGAAUCGGACAGGAUCGCCUCCAGCUAUCGCGACUUCGACAGUCAUCGCCAUCGCUCCAACCGAUGCCGAAUUCGAAAACGCAAACAACGCGACAGAAGCUCAUGGUGCGGUGUUGCAGCCAGACGCUGAGAAAAUCCCACCGACGGAGGACGUGGUAACUAAGACAUCAGUACAAGGUUCGGUGACGGAACUAAUUGCCGAAAACGAAGACGUCGGCCCCAACGACGAAGAUCCACAACCAGUCACCAGGACUUCAUUGAGUGUAAGCGAGGUGGAGCUCGGAGAGAACGGACAAGUAGUGAGUGCCGUAACGGAAGCGAACCUCCAGGAUGCCGUGACGAAGACGUCACUUAAAAUCUCCCAACAAGAAAUCGUUCCCGCCUCGAACGAGGCGGAACGGAACUCUUCCCUGAGUAAGCCUAAUGCUGAGAACAUCCAAGAAAUACUCAAACAGAUCCAGAACGAGGUUGGGGAAGGACGAAUCCUCUACGUUGCCGAUCCCAAAGGAAAGACAGGUGUCCGCAUCGGUCAUCAGACGGAAGCCCCGGCGCAAGAUGUGGAAUAUCAAGAUGAGGGAGAUGUCGAAUACGACGAUUACGAUACGCCAACUACGACCCCAUUGUCGAUCGUUCAGUUGAAAAAACUCUCUUUGCCGCGGAAUAGGCCGACUAUCGGACGACAAAGACCGGGAAGUCAGACGUCCAACGCAGACGAUAAUUCCGACCACAAUGUCAUAGGCAUGAAGAAGCAGAAGUUCACGAGACCUGCCUUCGGGAUUCUACAACGUCCGAAGAAGACAACCGUAGCCCCCGGUCCUCGCACGGUUAGACCAUUCGUGAAAGUUUUCGACCGGGCCAAGACGAGACCAAAAACGAAGACUGUACAGCAACUGCGGAUUCGUAAGCCGGUUCGACGAAUUACGACUGCCAAACCCGUUCGGAAGGGUUUCCCUAUAGGACCCCCGAAAAGUGCCAUUCCUCCUGACGCAUCCAAACCCUCCGGACCAUCUCUUGCCGAUUUCGAGGAAAUUUACAGACGUCAGAAAGCUCAGAAAAGUCUGACUGAAACCUCCACCUACCGAACCGUCGACGAAGACGUGCCCGACGACUUCGGGGAACCCGACUCGCAGCUGCCGUUGGUCUAUUACGAGGGACAGAGCAGAAUAUCCGAAGGCUGGGAAUGGUCGCCUUACCUCGACGAUCGCAACACGAAAGAAUUCAAGUAUCUCGCUUUCCACGUCAAAGACCAAAUCAAGACGUUCUUGGACGAGACCCGGUACGGAGAGUUCCUCAACUACAUUUUGAUCGAUGGUUUCACGAAGGAACUCAACGUUGAUUUUUUCCUCGUGUUUUAUAAAACCGAACCCAUGAUCAAUGACACCGAGCUCACCGAAGAAAUCCGCGAAGUCAUGACGUACAAAACCGAAGAGAACGACUUCGAAUUCACGCUCGAUCCCAACGCGACAAUCUUCCGGUUCAAAUACGUGAAGACUCCAGCUACCGAACGGUUGGUGGAGGCUCCGCUAUUACCUAACUGGGCCAUCGCGAUCUUGGUUUUUGGCUUAGGAUCGCUGAUUCUGGUCGCGGGCUCAGUGAUCAUGGCGAAUAAUUUCCGUUCGAUCCGGAAGCUCAAAGAUAUCAAGAAACGGAAGCAUCAAGAGAAACAACAUCAGCUACAAAUGAGUAACCUGCCGCAUCGGUAUCCCGAAGUCAAACAAUCCAAGGAUAGAAAUUCCAAGAGCAAAUCUUCCGCCUCAGGAAGCUCUUCGAAGGGCCGUGCCGGGUCUGCGGGUACUCUGGAUAGGAGACCGCCGAUGCUCGAACGCUAUCAGAGAGACUACGGGGCGUAUGAGCAGAAGAACCCCUUGCAGGAGGAACUCUACGCGGAAUACGAGAACAGGUCGGCGGCAUACGAUCGAUACGCGGAUCGGGAGAGACCGAAACGCAAAGAAAUUCGGCCACUGGAGGCACCCGAGGAUCGAUACUCAACAGUCGGUUCCCAUUUCCCGAGCAGUUACAAAUCUCUCCUGCAGCCAUCGAAGUCAAUCCUCUAUCGCCCACCGAGAUGAUUUCUGAAGAUUGACCGAUCGGAGGACUCAGAUGGAUGACAGGCAGACUGAAACGGAAAAUUUAGUCUCCCUGAUUUGAUAUUGUGGCAAUCCUCCCCUGGUCGGCUAUGGGUCUAAUUACCAGAAUGCUGACGAUACUGCGAGGGAGCCAUUCAUGACUCUCAUGACACCACUUCCCAAGCAUAAUGAAUCGAAAGAGUUAUAAGAUUCCGAUCCCGGGGGAAGAUGGGAGAAAAAUGAUGGUUCCCACGGACUCGCCUAGGGGUGAUCCUUGAGACAUCGGCCAGUGAUCGAGGAGUGAAAAAAUGAGGAUUCGUAUUUAUUCAUCCUGUGAUAGUACC